UAGGAUAUUCUACAAGCGUUAGGGCCAUAAUGUGGCCACAUAGCACAACGUAGCAUCGCAGUACCAAUGGAUUUGGAGGCUAAAACCGGGGUUCAGAAGCACAUACUUUGCGCCAGCGUUGACGGACAAUCGCGCGUCAUCCCUGGAAGUCCGCAGUGGCUGACACGUGCCAGCCUCAACCGUUGAUUGUGCUUGCUAGACAGGCCUGAGCCAACACCUGGGUAGAACACCACACCCGUCGCCUUCGCCACCCUUUCUCUAUUUGAACCGUAGCACUUGUAUUAAUACCCGUUCACUCGCUGUUUCGCUUCUGCGCCCUGUGCGCACUCUCCUGGAUCUCAGCGCCGCACUUGAUCCCGCCAGAAUCCGCACACGACACCAACUCCAACACCAUGUUUUGCCUUCGCAGCUGGAUACCUGUGCUGUUUUUCCUACUUCGCACGAAUGCGUCACCAGUUUACCUGGUUCUCUUCAUUUCCGCAACGUACUUCCUCAACCGGCCCUGCGUCUACUGCUCGCUGCUCCUCUUCAUCCUUGUCGUCGCUCUAUUCGACUUCCACACGCCGUGGUUUGACCCUCCGCUCACGGACACGCCAGGACUUGCGCUAAAUGAGACAACACCGCUGCUCGAGACAGCCAGUGUCUUUGCACAGGCCGCUACGGAUACCGCACAUCAUUUGGUCAAGGGUGCAGUCGAUGGUGUAAGAGGCAAAGCUAGUACAGGUGCGAUGAAUGAGUGGGUGAAGGGACUACUAGGCAGGAAGGAAUGGAGGAUACAAUGUCUGGAUGUCUUGAUUCGCAUCUAGCAAACCAUAGCGGAGUCAAGGCAUGAUGGGCGGGGUCAGCAAAUGUGAGAGGCUCCCGCCGUUCCCAGGAAAGAGUUCUUGCUGAGGGUGCUCGGUAAUUGCAUGACCGGCGUUUGGCUUCAAUGCAUUUGCACGGCGUUUUGCACCUUUCAUGGACCCCAAACGAUAUUCACACCUGUUCCUUUGCACACAUACGGGGCUUCACGAAGUUAACGGAGCAGACUCGGAAUCAAGGCCAUGUCUGUUCGUGAUCACGGAGGUGAGUGAGCUUACAUCAAGUUCCCGAAACACCAGUACUAUCUUGCUCUGCUCCGAAAUGUCCGGCAGUCGGAUUGGUAAUAGAAUGAAAAUUCUCAACGUCUACAAAUCAUGAUU